GUGUGGUGUGUGUUUUUUCCUUCCCCUUAGCAAAGAUUACAUUAUAAAUUUAUAAGAUAUAGUAUCUGACGUACAUUUGUGAAUUUUAAAAAUACCUGAAAUGCAAAACAAAGCUUAAGGAAAGUUGAUGAAGGUGACAGUUCAGGAGGUUAUAUCACCUCCUAUUAGAGCUUCUCUAAGUACUCUUGAUAAUUUUGGUAUGCUUUUCAUAUUUUUUUUUUUAAUUGCAGACUUAAUUCUGCUAGUUCUGCUUACACAGACUGGAAUUUGUUAUUCUUAUGUGAAACAUGAAUGACUAAUAAAGUUGCUAGUUUUUAUUAGUUGAGCAUCUAACUCAAGUAAAUAUUCUGGGAGAAAAGCAUCAGAACUUAAUUGUUUUCUAUUAGCAGUUCAGUGGACUGAAUAAUGCACAAGGGAUUUAUUUAAAUUUGCUUUAGUUAUCCCUAUGUGCAAAUGAAUUGAGGUCCUACCGAGACUUUUUCUGGUCUAUGGUGUUGCAUUUUUGUGUAUUCUGGUAGAAAUCAAAGUUUCCCAACAGAAGAAAAAUGGACAGCUUUAUCAUUAUUAUAUCUGAUGUUCUAGUCCAGCAGUCUGGGGAAGCCCAGUGUCAAAGUGGUGUGUUCGCUGGGUCGUCUGUUUAGCCAACACGACAGCCUAAACAAAAGCAAGAAAUGAACAAAAGUAAAACCAGGCUUUAUUGUUUUUGCCUUUUUACAUAUUGCCUUUUAGAGUGAAACGUGUCAACCACACUGCUAAGAGGAAUAAAUUCAUUUGAUCUAUCAGAGGAAAUUGAGGGCUCUUGAUUUUGAGACAAUGAUUUGCAAGGAACAAAUAGUUCAGGAUCGUUGGGUGGUCUUGACGUUCGUAGAAGAAUCCCUAUAAAGCUUAUCUCAAAACAGACCAAUAAAACCAAACCUGCACCUCGAACUCCAAGAAAUAUGAACAGGAUGCCUUCGAAGACACAAGCUGGUGAUGAAGAAGAAUUUGAUUAUAACAAAGAGGAGCGGUACGAAUGCAAAGGAGGUGAAAUGUUUGGCAAUCAAAGGAGAUUCCCUGGACCCAUCUUUUGGGACUAUAAGAUAAACUUGCUGGGGGAAAAGGAUGAUACACCAGUCCAUUUCUGUGAUAAGUGUGGAUUGCCUAUCAAAAUGUAUGGACGCAUGAUACCUUGCAAGCAUGUUUUCUGCUAUGACUGCGCUAUUCUACAUGAGAAAAAGGGAGACAAGAUGUGUCCAGGCUGUAAUGAACCUGUGCAACGAAUCGAGCAGUGCGUACGAGGGUCUCUCUUCAUGUGUAGCAUUGUUCAAGGGUGCAAGAGAACUUAUCUGUCACAGAGGGACUUACAAGCUCACAUCAACCACCGUCAUAUGAGAGCUGGGAAGCCUGUUACUCGCCCUCCAAUCGAACCUGUACAUCCUCCUAUUGCCCCACCGCCUGCUGAAAUUCCUGAGCGCUUCAUAAUGCCACCCGAGAAGCAUCAUAUGAGCCACAUUCCACCAAAGCAGCACAUCAUGAUGCCACCACCCCCUUUACAGCACGUGCCACAUGAGCAUUAUAACCAGCCACACGAAGACAUUCGUGCGCCUCCUGCAGAGAUGUCCAUGGCUCCACCACCACCUCGCCCGGUCAGUCAGGACACCUUCCGCAUUUCGACGAGAAAACACAGCAACUUAAUAACUGUCCCUAUUCAGGAUGAUUCAAAUUCAGGUGCUCGAGAACCACCUCCACCAGCCCCCGCACCUGCUCACCAUCAUCCUGAAUACCAGGGGCAACCAGUGGUAUCGCACCCUCAUCAUAUUAUGCCUCCACAGCAACAUUAUGCGCCACCCCCACCACCACCUCCACCAAUAAGCCAUCCGCUGCAGCAUCCUCCCCAGGCAGCGGGUACUCCUCACAUGGUAUAUAGCCAAGCUCCUCCACCACCAAUGACCUCUGCUCCUCCUCCAAUAACCCCACCACCUGGACAUAUAAUUGCCCAGAUGCCACCAUAUAUGAAUCAUCCUCCUCCGGGACCUCCCCCUCCUCAGCACGGAGGCCCCCCUGUAAAUGUAAACGCACCCCCUCCCCAUCACUAUAAUCCUAACUCUUUGCCACAGUUUAGUGAAGAUCAAGGAACUCUUAGUCCCCCUUUCACACAGCCCGGGGGAAUGAGUCCAGGGAUCUGGCCAGCUCCAAGGGGGCCGCCGCCACCUCCAAGGAUGCAAGGGCCUCCUGCUCAGGCCCCACUUCCUGGACCACACCACCCUGAUCAAGCCAGGUACAGACCCUAUUACCAAUGAUGGGAGCAGUUCCAUGAAUAGAGAGUGCUAUGAAGAGGAUAAAACUAUAUAAAACAGCCUUUAAUCAAUUGUUUUGGGGUUAUUUUGUUGUGGUUAUUUUUUUAAAAUACUAUCUUUUGACUGUAAGACAUUUUGGGGUUUGAAUCUUAAGUGAUUUUUAAGCCUUGGCUGUAGGACUCCGAAUUCAAAUAUUCUGUAGUGCUAAAAUAAGUGGCUUAGUAGACCACGGUUGCAUUUUAACAGAACUUCUGUCUCUAGUGUGGCUAAAUUGUCCUAAGAUGAACACUUGUAAUAUUAUUUCCUGGAGAAAAUGAACACGUGUUGUACCAUUCUGAAUAUUGUUUUUGUUAAAUCCAGUGUUUAGUUUCACUUGUGAUACGUUUUUGUUAACCUGUGUACAAUAAUUAAAUUGAAAUAUGGUUGUAAAAGUGGUGGGUUUUUAUAUGAAGUUAACACAGACGUAGUUCCGGGACACCAUUUUGGCACUAAUACUUUCCAAAUGGGCAGUGUAAUGAAAUAUUAAGGGCACUUUUAAUAUUUCUCCUACUAACUAACUGUUACCAUUACUUAUAACAAAUUCAGGCUAUGCUGAAAUAAUGGCAGUAGAAAUCAGACAUGCAGAAAACUGCAUUUCAGCUUUUUCUUUUUUUCUUUAAACUUAUGCAGCAAAAUAAAUUUGUCAGAAAUACAGCUUUGGGCAUGCCAGGAAACGAUGUAAUAAUGUAUUACGGGGUUUUGGUGGUUUGUUGGGUUGGGUUUUGGGGAUUGGGGUUUUGGGUUGGUUUAUUUUAAAGCUAGUUUUGAUUCGGAAGGUUCUGUUUACAUGUACACUACUCACUGGAGUUGAAUUCAAACUAUUGUGUUUACCUAUGGCUAUGUUUGUGUGGAAGUGGCUGUGAAUUGGCUUGCCAUGUCUGUGAGAAGCAGAUGAUUUUAGGUAGGGAAGUGGUGUUUACCUCUGUCACUUUAUAGAAUAUGUACAGUAGGAAAACUUCCCAUUUGGAUAACCUGAAAGAAGUGGUCUGAAAUCCCGUAUGUAGAUACAAAGAAAUAAAAAGCUACACAUCCUUUA